GGAAGGGGGGGAAUCUGGGCAGCGGCCGAGCUCUGUGGCUUCAGGGCUCGGAGAGAGGGAGGGUGGCAAAGAGAGAGUGAGUCGGUGCCGCCGCCUGCCUGAGGAGAAAGGAGGGGUCCCGCCUGCCCUGCGCACUUCGCAGGCCCAGAGCGUGAGGCACCCGCGAAUCUCUGAGGCCUCGCGGCCCCUGGGGACCCCGCCCCGCCGCCCGCUGGCCGGCCCGCGGCCUCUCUUCCCUUUGUGAGCGCCCCCUUCCCAGGGGUGGUGGUGUUGGCCGAGGACUGCGCGUGGGCCCGCCCGCCGAGGGGCCGCCGCGGGGAACCGAGAGGGCCUCGGCUGUGUGAGGACUGGAGGCGGCCGAGGCCCGGGACGGUUCCCCCGAGGCGGCGGCGGCGGCGGCGGCGGCGGCGGUGGCGGUGGCGGCGGCUGCGGCGGCAGCUCCCGGCACUUCCCCGCGCCAUCUUAGCUGAGCCCCAGGGCUGAGGGCGCCUCUUGGACCCCGGUCAUCCCCUCGCCCCCCCCACCCCCUUGCCCCUAGUCGCAGAGCUUGGGCUGGGCGGCUCGCUGGGGCUCCGGGGUGUGGGGGGGGGCAGCGGUCUGUCGCCGGGCCCCCUCCUCCUCCUCCUCUUCACUCCUUGCCCUCCAGCGUAGCGGCCACCAGAGCGCUGCAGGGGGCUGUGCCUGCCUACUCCACCCCAGACCUGUCGGCGAAAGGUAGUUUAUGUCAGCGUGGCUUCAUUCACACAGAUGAACCAAGGAUUGGGAUAGGAGUAUAAAAUUAGAAUCAGACAGCUGACUGCCCAGCAGGAUGCCAUCAACCAACAGAGCGGGCAGCCUAAAGGACCCUGAAAUUGCAGAACUCUUUUUCAAAGAAGAUCCAGAGAAGCUCUUCACCGAUCUCAGAGAAAUUGGCCAUGGAAGCUUUGGAGCAGUGUAUUUUGCACGAGAUGUGCGUACGAAUGAAGUGGUGGCCAUCAAGAAAAUGUCUUAUAGUGGAAAGCAGUCUACUGAGAAAUGGCAGGAUAUUAUUAAGGAAGUCAAGUUUCUACAAAGAAUAAAACAUCCCAAUAGUAUAGAAUACAAAGGCUGCUAUUUACGCGAACACACAGCAUGGCUUGUAAUGGAAUAUUGUUUAGGAUCUGCCUCAGAUUUACUAGAAGUUCACAAAAAGCCAUUACAAGAAGUGGAAAUAGCAGCAAUUACACAUGGUGCUCUUCAGGGACUAGCCUAUUUACAUUCUCAUACCAUGAUCCAUAGAGAUAUCAAAGCAGGAAAUAUUCUUCUGACAGAACCAGGCCAAGUGAAGCUUGCUGACUUUGGAUCUGCUUCCAUGGCAUCUCCUGCCAAUUCUUUUGUGGGAACACCUUAUUGGAUGGCCCCAGAAGUAAUUUUAGCCAUGGAUGAAGGGCAGUAUGAUGGCAAAGUAGAUGUAUGGUCUCUUGGAAUAACAUGCAUUGAACUAGCGGAAAGAAAGCCUCCUUUAUUUAAUAUGAAUGCAAUGAGUGCCUUAUAUCACAUAGCCCAAAAUGAAUCCCCUACACUACAGUCUAAUGAAUGGUCUGAUUAUUUUCGCAACUUUGUAGAUUCUUGCCUCCAGAAAAUCCCUCAAGAUCGUCCUACAUCAGAGGAACUUUUAAAGCACAUGUUUGUUCUUCGGGAGCGCCCUGAAACAGUGUUAAUAGAUCUUAUUCAAAGGACAAAGGAUGCAGUGAGAGAACUGGACAAUCUGCAGUAUCGAAAGAUGAAAAAGCUCCUUUUCCAGGAGGCACAUAAUGGACCAGCAGUAGAAGCACAGGAAGAAGAAGAGGAGCAAGAUCAUGGUGUUGGCCGAACAGGAACAGUGAAUAGCGUUGGAAGUAAUCAAUCUAUUCCCAGUAUGUCCAUCAGCGCCAGCAGCCAGAGUAGUAGUGUUAACAGUCUUCCAGAUGCCUCAGAUGACAAGAGUGAGCUGGACAUGAUGGAAGGAGACCACACGGUGAUGUCUAAUAGUUCUGUCAUCCAUUUAAAACCCGAGGAGGAAAAUUACAGAGAAGAAGGGGAUCCUAGAACAAGAGCGUCAGAUCCACAAUCUCCACCCCAAGUAUCUCGUCACAAAUCACACUAUCGUAACAGAGAACAUUUUGCUACUAUACGAACAGCAUCACUGGUUACAAGGCAGAUGCAAGAACAUGAACAGGACUCUGAGCUUAGAGAACAGAUGUCUGGUUAUAAGCGAAUGAGGCGUCAACAUCAAAAGCAACUGAUGACACUAGAAAAUAAACUAAAGGCUGAGAUGGAUGAACAUCGCCUCAGAUUAGACAAAGAUCUUGAAACUCAGCGAAAUAAUUUUGCUGCAGAAAUGGAAAAACUUAUUAAAAAACACCAGGCUGCUAUGGAAAAAGAGGCUAAAGUGAUGGCCAAUGAGGAAAAGAAAUUUCAGCAACAUAUUCAAGCCCAACAGAAAAAGGAACUGAAUAGCUUUUUGGAGUCUCAGAAAAGAGAAUAUAAACUUCGAAAAGAGCAGCUUAAAGAGGAGUUGAAUGAAAACCAGAGUACUCCCAAAAAAGAAAAGCAAGAGUGGCUUUCCAAACAGAAGGAAAAUAUACAGCAUUUCCAAGCAGAAGAAGAAGCUAACCUUCUUCGACGUCAGCGGCAAUAUCUAGAGCUGGAAUGCCGUCGCUUCAAAAGAAGAAUGUUACUUGGGCGUCAUAACUUAGAGCAAGACCUUGUCAGGGAGGAGUUAAAUAAAAGACAGACUCAGAAGGACUUGGAGCAUGCCAUGCUUCUGCGACAACAUGAAUCAAUGCAAGAACUGGAGUUCCGCCACCUCAAUACAAUUCAGAAGAUGCGCUGUGAGUUGAUCAGAUUGCAACAUCAGACUGAGCUCACUAACCAGCUGGAAUAUAAUAAACGAAGGGAAAGAGAACUAAGGCGGAAACAUGUCAUGGAGGUUCGACAACAGCCUAAGAGUUUGAAGUCUAAAGAACUCCAAAUAAAAAAGCAAUUUCAGGAUACCUGCAAAAUCCAAACCAGACAGUACAAAGCGUUAAGAAAUCAUCUGCUGGAGACUACACCAAAGAGUGAGCACAAAGCUGUUCUAAAGAGGCUCAAGGAGGAGCAGACCCGGAAGUUAGCCAUCUUGGCUGAGCAGUAUGAUCACAGUAUUAAUGAAAUGCUGUCUACACAAGCUCUACGUUUGGACGAAGCACAGGAAGCAGAGUGCCAGGUUUUGAAGAUGCAGCUGCAGCAGGAACUGGAGCUGUUGAAUGCAUAUCAGAGCAAAAUCAAGAUGCAAGCUGAGGCACAACAUGAUCGAGAACUUCGGGAGCUUGAACAGAGAGUCUCCCUCCGCAGGGCACUCUUAGAACAAAAGAUUGAAGAAGAAAUGUUGGCUUUGCAGAAUGAACGCACAGAAAGAAUACGAAGCUUGUUAGAACGUCAAGCCAGAGAAAUUGAAGCUUUUGACUCUGAAAGCAUGAGACUAGGUUUUAGUAACAUGGUUCUUUCUAAUCUCUCUCCUGAGGCAUUCAGCCACAGCUACCCUGGAGCUUCUAGUUGGUCUCAUAAUCCUACUGGGGGUCCAGGACCUCAUUGGGGUCAUCCCAUGGGUGGCCCACCACAAGCUUGGGGGCAUCCAAUGCAAGGUGGACCCCAGCCAUGGGGUCACCCCUCGGGGCCAAUACAAGGGGUACCUCGAGGUAGCAGUAUGGGAGUCCGCAAUAGCCCCCAGGCUCUGAGGCGGACAGCUUCUGGGGGACGGACGGAGCAGGGCAUGAGCAGAAGCACGAGUGUCACUUCACAAAUAUCCAAUGGGUCACAUAUGUCUUAUACAUAACUUAAUAAUUAAGUGGCAAUUCCGCUGGAGCUGUCUGCCAAAAGAAACUGCCUACAGACAUCGUCACAGCAGCCGCCUCACUUGGGUACUGUGGUGAGGAGCUGAGUGCAUAUGGUAUAUUUUAUUCAUUUUUGUAAAACAUUCUGUUUUUGUGUUUACUAAUUGGGAUGUCAUAGUAUUUGGCUGCCGGGUUUUGUUUUGGUUUUUAAGCUUUUGGGGAAAUUUUGGAAAGGGGAAUUAAUAUUAAAUAUGUAAGUGUGUGAGUAUGUUUACACACACACACACACACACAUACACACGUCUCAUGCAUGUGGUAAAAAGAAAUUGGCUACAUAGGGGAUAUUUUCUGAAUACUGCAAAAAGUGAACUAUGGCAAAAGGAAAUUUAUGAAAAUAUCUAAAGCCUUUCUAUUUAUCCCAAGUUUUUAUGAGCCACUCAACAGCAGGCAGCAAUUGCUGAAUAAUUUAUUAUGGAACAUCUCUGCAUCCCCUCACCAGUGUAAUUUCUUUGUUAAAUUGACUUGAUUUCUCAGCCUCAUUUGGAGUUAAAAAAAAAAAAAAAAGAAAUCCAUGAACACUAAAGGAUUGCACUGAGUUUUUCAGAUGGUGGAAACAACUUAGUUCCUUUUUGAAUGCUUUAUAGAUGUGUCAGUGGUUUUUUACCAUUCAGUUGUUCCUUUUUUUGUGUUACAGUAAGAUGUGAGUGAUUAAGGAGAUCACAAGUUGCAUGGAAAGUAUAUUAGCAAACCAGUGAACUUUCAAGGGGAAAGACCAGAAGGGUGAUAAGAGGGGUUUUGGAAACUUCAUAUGUGGAAAUGUCUGAUGUGUGAGUGACAAUAUGAAACCUAAUAUCCUGACGUUUUGUUGCUUAUACUGUGAUGUGUCAUCCUAGCUAAGCUCUAUAACCCCCAAGACCCCAGACAGUACUUUUGCUUUGUAAGAAACAGACACACAGCCAAUGUAAAUCAAAUGCCAGAGGCAUUUGAAAGAUGCCAUAUUUGCAGACUGCCAUGUAUUGAAAUUCUCAUCACACUACUUCAGUGUAAUUUGUUUAUCCCCUUUGGCUUAUGGGAUUUCCUGUUUACAAGUAGAAUAGCCAAUUAUUUAAAUGUUUAGUUGCCAUAGUGAACCAGGAGUCACUGAGCCAAUGACUUUACCAGCUGCUGACUAAUCUUCAUCACCACUGUAGAUUUUUGCUGCAUGUGCAGGUCCUCUUUUGUGUUUGUUGGUUUUUUGUUGUUUUUUUUUUUUUUUCUUCUUCUUUUUGCUAUUUUUGUUGCUGCAGUACUUUACAAACUUCUAGUUCAUCGAGACUUAGUGACCAUUUGGCACCAUGUUAACAUCAUACAAUAGGAAACACCACUUCCAAAAAGUCUCAAGCCUAAGUGUUAAAGUACUACUGAAAAGGAACUAGGAAGUUUGGCGAAUCAAAAAGAGGCAGGGUGAUGGUGGUUAUCAGGAUCAGGGAAUCUCCUGACAAAAACUAGCAUUAUUUUGAGUGGGAAGGCAGCAUAUUUUGUUUAGUUUUGUUUUACAAUGAAGGAUCAACCCAAUGUUGAAAGCCAGUGUUAUUUGGUAUUGCAUUACUUGUAUGGAAAUUGGAUUGGAGGUGGGUGGGCAGGGUGCUGUGAAUCUGACUUGAAGAAAAGGGUAUCCUUUCCAGUGACAUAUCAGAAUUUCUUGCAAGUUAUUUUUCUAUUCCCUGCCCAGUUGUCUUGAAGAGUCCUUGCUGCUAUCUCUGGAUCCUGUUUUUUAUAUAGUCAGAGAGCUCCAAGGUUCCUCUCAAUGAUAUUAUUUAGUUAGACCAGACUAAUGACCAAAUAAUAAUCUAUCCUUCUUAAAGUCUUGGUUUUUCUUAAACAAACUGUUUCCCAGGGAUGUCAGUCUACUCUAUGAAUUCUCCCCUUAAAGUUUCUGGCAUUUGAUUUGAAGGUAACUGGAAGAAAUAUUAAUAUUUUAAUGUAAAUAUUUUUAAAGCCAAGCUUACAGUGGAAUUCACACAGUUUUAGAAUGUUUCCAGUAGGCCCCCAAAUGUACUAUCCUGAUGGUCAUCAUUCAGGUUGCCACUCUUGAGGUAUACUUGAGUUAGUGAAAGGAAGGGGAUUUUAGUUUUUUCCCUGUCUUUCUUGCAUUCAAAAACAAGUUAAUAUACAGUAUUUGAAAUAAAUUGAGUAAUCUGCCUAUUAGGAACAAGAUAUGAGAGAGCUUCACAAUUAAAUAAUAAAAUGUCCACAAGUAUGAUGGAAUUUGAUACCUUUAAAAUAAUUCCUCAUAUAUCUUGUCCCUCUGUACUAAAUUAAUAAAACAGAGAAGCAGGUCAGUUUUACAUGCAGAACUCUUUAAAUCCUAAAUAUUACCAGUAAUAAACUUUAAAAUCCAGUUGUGAACUUAAGUUAGUCAAAUUGGAUUACCAAGCUCAUUCAGAAUAGUAUGUAUUUAUAUAAAAAUGUGAUUGAAUCUUUGACUCUGGGUGUCUGUCCAGGAUGGCUUUGUAUCUAAUUGUGUGGCAACCAGUUUUUACAUAGGUCAUGACUUAAUACAGAUUUAUACUAUUAAAUUUUAAUUAAAAUAUAUAGUGUUUGCAUAAAAUGAUUUAAACUAAUUGGUUUGCGUGUGUUUGUAAGCUCUAACUUUUUAAGGACUCUCAUAUGCUAAAGAUCAUCACAGAGUAUAAUGCGCAUAGCAGGAAAUUGAAAAGGUUUGAGAUUCCCUCAAGAAAGAGUGACCAUUUUGUUAAGUAUGCAAAUGUCAAUGUUUGAUCAAAUAACACUACCUCCUCCUCAGUGUUGGUUUUCACUCAUUAUAUGUAUGGUUAAGAAAACUAAAAAUAUGGGAAAUAUGUUUAGCAUAAGUUAUAAAUGCUAUAUCUGGUAUCCAGAACCUGGCAGUAAAAAUUUCUUAAUGUUUCCCCCUCUUCCCUCCCCUCCCCAUUUUUUUUUUGAGUUAGCAUUUAAAAAAUGCAAAUCCUGUCUUGAAAUAAAUUAUCUCUAAUUGGAUUCUCUUCCCUUUGAAUGUGUUUUUCCUUUUUAUUUGAAAUCAGCUCUGAUUCCAAAUUAUAGGAUCUGAUAAUAUUGCCAUUACAUCCAUCAUGUUAGCUGAAAGCUGUGUUUUUCCUGUUUUUAUUCAGAAUUUCCAUUUCUGUACCUAGAGAUGAAUAGUCCUCUAUUUGAAUCAGCACUCACGGAGGUAAUAUGCUUAGUAUUCUCAGUCAAAGAUUUAUUGAUAAAUUAUAGUGUUUCGCAUAGUCAUUCAUUUUGGCUGCCUCGACAUCAGGUAGAUACCACUCAAUCCACUGAAGAAGCUGUCUGGGUAUUCCCUUCCACUCCACCAGUUUUCCCUUAUCCUCUUUUGAAAAACUGAAAACUUUAUGAGCAUAUUUUUCAGAACAUAAGGCAGACUUUUGUUACUUUCUGCUGCUUCAAGUACUAAAUGUCUAGCAUUUUAAACUUUUAGAAAAUACAUUGUGUUGGACACUGGAAUAAUACUAUUUAUUUUCACCUGUGAAAACAACUUCAUUAUACUUGAAACAACUCCUUUGCAUUUCUCCAUUUGUGCCAUUCACUAGUGGAAAUAAAUUGUAUUAUACCAUGAUCUACUGGCUUUUUAAAACUGUUUAAUAUGCACAUUUUUGGUAUAGCUAUUAUCAUUUGUGUGUAUAUAUUGUAUAUACAUAUGAGUGUCUAUAUGUGUGUAAAGAUAGAUGGUAUAACUCAUACUGUACAUUUCUAUCAGGGCACUUAAGGUUCUGUUUUUGUUUGGUUUUGUUAUUUCAGUCCUCAGUUAAGGCAAGAAUGCCUGAGUUUCUUACAAGUGAAUGCUCUGGGUUGAUAUUUAUGAGGAGGUGGUCAUUAAUUACAAUCUUUCCUUUCUUAAUUUCUGCUUAACACUUGUGUGAGU